UCCAUGCAUCUCUACCAAAUGUACACGAACCCCUCAUUGUUUCCUUGAAGCUCAUGAGCCUAUGGACUUGAGAAGGGUCCUUAUACUACAACGCUAGAUCCAUGAGAAAACACUGACAAGCUUUCUCCGCAUCCAAUUUUCAGUCCAGCCUACAGUUACCAGAAUGCCUGAGUGGAGCCGAAUGUUGGCGUACGUGUUCGCCGUCGCUGCUUUGUCCCAAUGUCUAAUCAAGCCGACAGACUCCACGGAAACACGUGCCGCAUUCUGGGACAACGCUGCGGGAAGACAACCAUACAAGAAGCGCGACAUGCAGUCCCUGAGCGCAUUGCUGUCUCCACCAGAUCGGUCUGACGUAACUGUGGAAGACGUGGCCGAUCUGAUAUCACAAGUCCCGGCAAUGGCCAAAGCAUUAGUGCAGCGCUUCGUGGAUAGAGACGGAGACGGACUAAUAAGUGAAGAAGAACUGAUGGAUCUUUGGAAAUGACACUCACGUAACGCAGAUAUAAUGUGACGUCACUAUGUAUAUUCGGAGGAAAUAUGUGAAAUCGCAAGACAUAGCCGAUGGACUUUUUAUUCUUAAAAGACAAUCGAGUCUGACUGUCAGCAAUCAGUCCCAUUUCCCUUUCUACACAAAAACCCUGCCCAUUCUAACCCGGACAGUAUCCGCUUAAAAAAACAGACUUUACAUAUUCCACAAAAUUAUAUUUCUUACUUUUAAUGUAUGGAAUUUGGAGUACAUGGUAUUGUUUUAUAGAAGUAAAUUGUGUUGUCUACAUUGAAAGUUGCUGAAAAUCCAUAUGAGGCAAUCUAACAUAUAUACCUGUUUGAUAAUAACAACAGUAAAUUUUAUUUGAUGGUACCUUCAGCCUUAACUAUUACCAUUUGUAGUGAAAACACGAAUAAAGAAAUUUGGUCGAUA